CUAAAUGGGGGAGGGGGAGAAGCCGUGCACUUCUCGCAUACGACGUGCACGGCUUGUGUGUUUUGAGAGGGCGGAGAAUAUAAAUAAAGGUCGCGGUGGGAGGCACUGCUAAACCAGAAUUGAAAACGAAAUACUACACUAGCAAGACACGCACACAGAUAAGGAUUCUAAUAAUAAUAAUAAUAAUAAGGCUUGCGGAAGAAUAUUCGGGAUAUUCCAAAUAUUGUCAGAACAGGAUACGUCAUAUUUUAUGUAUUUAUUUAUUUAUGGUUAUAUUAGGCAGAAUUACAGAAAUUCUAGCAUAUUGAAAACAUUGGCUUACAGUUUGACAGAGGCAGCACUUGUUUUAGUUUCAACAUAAGCUUGUUAGAGGUGCUGUGCGCCUUCUGCUGUUACUCGCACAGUACCAGUAGCCAAUAGAAGACUAUUUACUGGAACAUAUUUUGGUUCUUUUAACUUUGGACUACACGGGACGCGAUAUGGACCGUGAAAAGAAGCAGGUGACAGCUCCACUGUUACUGGCCGUAUCAGUGGCUGUGAUUGGAUCGAUCCAAUUUGGAUACAACACUGGAGUCAUCAACGCACCAGAAAAGAUCAUUAGGCAGUUCCACAAUGAGACCUGGAAGGCCCGCACUGCUGAAUUCAUCACAGACAAUCUCAGCACGACACUCUGGUCCUUCUCUGUGGCCAUCUUCUCAGUUGGUGGCAUGAUUGGCUCAUUCUCUGUCGGCGUGUUCGUCAACCGAUUCGGCAGGCGGAACUCCAUGCUCAUGGUCAAUGUGCUGGCUGUCAUAGGGGGCUCUCUGAUGGGCUUCUCCAAGCUGGCUGCCUCCUUUGAGAUGCUGAUCUUGGGCCGGAUGACCAUUGGUCUGUUCUGUGGUCUCAGCACUGGCCUGGUCCCCAUGUACAUUGGCGAGAUCUCCCCCACUUCCCUGCGAGGAGCGUUCGGGACUCUUCACCAGCUGGGAGUUGUCAUUGGCAUCCUCAUAGCACAGGUCUUUGGUCUGGAGUUUAUCCUGGGGUCUCAGUCCCUCUGGCCCGUGCUCUUGGGUCUCACAGUCAUCCCGGCUGUAAUCCAAAGUAUAGCUCUACCUUUCUGUCCUGAAAGUCCCAGGUUCCUACUGAUCAACAAGAACCAAGAGGAGAAGGCCAUGGAGAUCCUGAAGAAGUUGCGGGGCACUGCAGACGUCCAGCAAGAUCUUCAGGAGAUGAAAGAUGAGAGUCUGAAGAUGAUGCAGGAGAAGAAAGUGACCAUCCCAGAGCUGUUCCGUUCCCCAAGCUACCGUCAGCCAAUCAUCAUCGCCAUUGUCCUGCAGCUAUCCCAGCAGCUCUCCGGUAUCAACGCGGUUUUCUACUACUCAACGAACAUCUUUGAGGCUGCUGGAGUUAAAGAACCCAUCUACGCUACAAUUGGUGCUGGAGUUGUCAAUACUGUGUUCACUGUUGUAUCGCUCUUCCUGGUUGAGAGGGCGGGGCGAAGGACUCUACACCUCGUGGGAUUGGCUGGGAUGGCUUUCUGUGCCGUUCUGAUGACCAUUGCUCUUGUCCUCACGAACCAGAUUCAGUCUAUGAGCUACCUGAGUAUUAUAGCUAUCUUUGGCUUUGUGGCGUUCUUUGAGAUCGGACCGGGCCCCAUCCCCUGGUUUAUUGUGGCCGAGCUCUUCAGCCAGGGUCCAAGGCCGGCCGCAAUGGCUGUAGCCGGCUGCUCCAACUGGACAUCCAACUUCAUUGUUGGUCUGGGGUUCCCCUAUGUACAGAUGCUCUGCGGAGACUAUGUCUUCAUUAUCUUUGUUGUCUUCCUAGUAUUAUUCUUUGUCUUCACUUUCUUCCGGGUGCCUGAGACCAGGGGGCGGACCUUCGAUGACAUCAGCAAAGGCUUCGCCAGGGGCAACAUCCAAGGGGCAGGCUCUGCCCCACAAGAGGGCGUGGUCACCCUACCUCCUAGUAGUCCUACGGAGAAGUUUCCAAUGGUACAGUUGAGUGCUCAUGAAGCACCAAAUGCCCCUUUCUCCAGCAUAUGAGAUUCAAUGCCAGAAAUGUGUGCUACAUUAUAUACAGCGUCCUGAAAAAUGUGUUGGACCAGCCAUGCUGAGAAAAGUCAUUGCCGUUUAAUGUGAUUCAGCUCUUCUGAAAUAGAUAACACACUACUGUAUAAUGAGUACAGUUGUCAUUUAAUCAGGGAUACCCAGAAUUUGAGUGAACAAGUGGUCUGAGUCAUGGGUAAAAUAGGCAACAAAUGUCCCUUAGUUCAACACUGUUUCCAGGACAUUGUGUAUAUACUAUAAUAGCAAGGUUUGAAUUUUAUCCAAAAACACAGUCCAGCGUCACUUUACAUCCCACUGUUUAAAUAAAGUAUUAAUCCAGCAGGUGUUUCCCCCAGACUGGGUGAUAUAUUAACCCUCUUAUUAACAUCACUACAGACUAUUCAUAUACAGUGGGAAGAAGUCCACCACAGAGCACGUUUUUGAUGAUGGUGGCAUUACGAUCUGGUAUGAUUUUUUUGUGAUUAAUAUUGACCCUAUUUUGUUUUAUGACGGAUACCUUUCCUGAGGUGCAGUAUCUAUACAAAUAUAUGUUCUAGGUUAUUUAAUAAUCUGUUUUUAUAAACCUAUAUGUGGUACAGUAGUGUGGCAGGCCAUUUAUUAUUAUAAUCAUGGUUGAAAUAUUUCCUUAUACUUUUGGCAAGUUUGUUAAAGUCACCCUGCUACACAUAUAACCUUCACCUUCUGUUACAUUUUUAACUUAAACUAAAAAUCUAGUCGACUUGGAUUUUGGUACUGGCACAAAAUAAGCCAUGCGGAAAUGCACAUAUGGCUAUUGAUGACAAUAUGUGCGUGUCACAUGAUUGAUUGACUAUAAUCAGCUAAAAAAGCUGUGAGUUUGAGGCCUCAGCAUAUUAAUUCAGCACUACAUACAACUAUGGAUAUUGAAACUCAGGGGAACUGUCUUUGUAUGGUAGAGGUUAUAUACCAAAAUGUUCUGUAUUCAAAUGUAGUAGUAUUAUGAUCAAAGGUACUGUUGUAUAACAUUUGGGGUUUAAUUAUUUGGGGGAAUUACGAGCAUAGCACAGUGCCACUGUGUGACUAAAUGAUGUAAGUGCAUUAUUUUUAAGUUAUCAUUUUAGUGACGGACUGUUUAAUGCAGGAUUUUUUUUAAAUAAGCCAUUGAGGCUGAAACACCCCUUUAACUGUUUAACUUAAUUGCUAAUGGGAUAAUGCUGUUUUAAGCAUAUGCUAUUUGUGGAAGUACAGGAGCUAGAGAUACCAUUCUGCACACCAGAUUUGUUUUAUUUGCACAAACAUCUAAUUACUGUGUUGUAUUGCUGCUAAGAUAUUCAGUAUAUAUAUAUAUAAAAAAAAAAGUUUGUUUACAAUGAAAUAAAACAUUUUCACAAAAUAUGUGAAAUACAGAUUAGUUGUGUUUUAGCUGAUCUUAUUUUAUUGUAAUAAUUGUAAUACUGUUGCUGUUUUACCAUUGUUGCACCUGUUGUAUUUUAGCUUGUGUUAUUAUUCUAAGUGUGUAACCAUAUUUAUUUAUGUUUUUAACUUUACACAAAAGUCCUGAUCACUGUUUUUUCACAAUUUUCUGGUGAUAUUUUCAAUUGUUGAAAGAAAGAAAAAGAGCAGGGUUUUAAUCAAGACAAAAAAAACAAACAAAACAAAAAACUAAAUGUUUUUCAGUGUUAGCUGUCAUUAGUUCCAGUGAUUAAUUUGUUGACAUUCGUCAGAUUCAAAGUGGCAGUAGGGACCAGUACUUCUUUAUUUAACAUUUUCCUAAGUUUUGUAUUUUUUUCCAUUUUAUUUUCUUUUAAACAUGGAUGGUUUAUUUUGUAUAUAUUUUGUAAAUAAUGUUAAGUUAUUCAUUAAAACCAUGCUUAUUUUUUA